AUGCUGAAUCGUGCAUUACGAGUGAUGGAUGGUGAAGUGAUCACAUUGAUGGGCUUUUUCAUCAGUGACCUUCAUCGACAUAUCGAAGAGUUACACAAGCUGCAGUUUGGUGAUGCAUCAACUACUGCUAAAUGCUUUUCAGUUUACCGUGGCCAAGGUUUAAUGAAGAAAGAUUUUGAUCAAUUGGUGGCAACGAAGGCUGGGCUGAUGUCAUUCAAUAAUUUCCUGUCUACCAGUGAGAAUCGCAACGCUUCUCUUAUGUUUACUCCAGGAAAUGGAAAGAACAGUGAUGUGAUCAGUGUUCUAUUUGUGAUCACAAUUGAUCCAAAGCAAUCAACAGCGUCAUUUGCCUCGGUUCGUCACAUCAGUCAGUUUCCCGAAGAAGAAGAGGUACUGUUUUCGAUGCACAGUAUCUUUCGCAUAAGAGAUGUUAAGCCAAUGGAUGGCAACGAAAAAGUGUACGAAGUGGCGUUGUCAUUGACGAGUGACAAUGAUAAAGAAUUGAUGGUACUUACUGAACAAAUUCGAAAAGAAAGCUUUCCAAAUGCAGAGGGAUGGUCACGACUGAGUCUAGUACUCGCUGACAUAGCACAGUUAGACAUUGCUGAACGAAUCUGUCGAGUUCUAAUUGAUGAAACGCCUUCUGAAGACUCUGCAACCCAUGUCUAUAAUCGCCUGGGUAAGAUUAAACGCCAGAAAGGAGAAUACGAGGAGGCAAUAACACUUUUUCGAAAAUCUCUUGAACUUCACUUGAUGUCAUCUUCUCAAAACCAUCAAGAUGUGGCUGGAUCCUACAACAACAUCGGUGCAGCGUAUUCUGACAUGGGUGAUUAUCCCAAGGCACUUUCAUCACAUGAACAAGCUCUCAAAAUACGACAACAAUCGCUUCCUCGCAAUCAUCCAGAUGUGGCUGGAUCCUACAACAACAUCGGUAAUGCGUAUUCUGACAUGGGUGAUUAUCCCAAGGCACUUUCAUCAUAUGAACAAGCUCUCAAAAUUCAACUACAAUCACUUCCUCCCAAUCAUCCAGAUGUGGCUUCAUCCUACAACAACAUCGGUAAUGCGUAUUCUGACAUGGGUGAUUAUCCCAAAGCGCUUUCAUCACAUGAACAAGCUCUCAAAAUUCAACUACAAUCACUUCCUCCCAAUCAUCCAGAUGUGGCUUCAUCCUACAACAACAUCGGUACAGCGUAUUCUGACAUGGGUGAUUAUCCCAAGGCACUUUCAUCAUAUGAACAAGCUCUCAAAAUACGACAACAAUCACUUCCUCCCAAUCAUCCAGAUGUGGCUUCGUCCUACAACAACAUCGGUAAUGCGUAUCGCAACAUGGGUGAUUAUCCCAAGGCACUUUCAUCACAUGAACAAGCUCUCAAAAUUAAACUACAAUCACUUCCUCCCAAUCAUCCAGAUGUGGCUUCGUCCUACAACAACAUCGGUAAUGCGUAUUCUGACAUGGGUGAUUAUCCCAAGGCACUUUCAUCACAUGAACAAGCUCUCAAAAUACGACAACAAUCACUUCCUCCCAAUCAUCCGGAUGUGGCUUCAUCCUACAACAACAUCGGUAAUACGUAUUCUGACAUGGGCGAUCAAAGGACUGCUGUGUUGUUUUACACAAAUGCGGUUCAAAUUGCUCAAAAAGUGUUACCAUCGACACAUCCUCACCUUCAAUUGAUUAAAAGAAACCUGGAAAGAGCGAAACAGAACCUAUGA